ACAGUUACGAGUGGAACGUCGCCUUCGAGAGUACAACAAAGCGGAGAAGUUUCAUAGCGAUAACUACUACGACGGGGCAAUAACAGAAAUAGUAGAUGAGAAAAAAAUAAGCGUGGAUUCAAUUCAAGAAAACCCCUAAAACGCCAAUUAUCCACUCUAUGGCCAAGUGGAGAGGUGUACAACAACAAAAACAAUAAAAGCCGCGGCAACAACAAUAUCCAGCUAGCUAAGCUAUUUGCAUUUUUGUUAGUUGUUAGUGUUUGGUUUUUUUAUUCGUGUAAUUUUUUCUUAUAUGAAUUUUUCGUACGGUGUUUGUUGUUCGCCCAUUGGACUUCCGCCCGUCUGUCGACCCUUCCGACGUUUAAUAUUCGGUGUUACGGUGUGGUCUUCGUUCAUACAUACAUACAUACGUCCCAAGUUGCCUAGAAUUGAGAAUCAAGUGAGUCGAGGUGGCAGGCAGUCAGUGCUGGGAAUGGCAGACUCACUGCUGCACCACUAACAACAACAAUGCUAAAUUCUAUUAUACAUAUUUUGAAAGCCAACACAAAAAGAAUCUAAAACAAAAACAACAACAACAAUAAAAAAUGAAUUAAAUUCAAAGAAAAAAGAAAAAAAAGAAGCAACAACAGAAAAGUUUGUGGAAAACUAGAAUUGGUUCUCCAAAAGAAAAUCAACCAAAAAAGUGUAAAAUCUUACAACAAAAGAUAACUUUGUUUGAUAUCAACCAAUUUAAGGAAGUUCUCAUUUUCUUAUCUAUGGAAAUUUGACACUGCGUAAGGAGUCAGUUGCAGAAGACAUCGUUAUUUAAGUCCAGGUGGUUUGGACCAAUUAAAUGUUUAUGAUCGUGAAACACGAACAAAAAUACCGCAGCUGGCAAUAAACUCACUCACGCAUUCAGGGGGCUGGCUGCAUAACGACAUUAAAAUCGAAACGCAAACGUGAGCAGCACGCAUAACUCACUCACGGCAAAAGCUAAAGCGCCCUGCGUAAUGAAUGAAAUGUGCUGGAAGUGCUAACCGCAAACAUGCACUGAAAAAAGUUCACAUUUCUAUUCAAAGCCUUCACUGUUCGCUAAAAACAUCGACAAUAGAAAACAAUUCGCAAAGUAAAUGAACUGAAACAAAAAACAAAACACACACACACACACACACAAAACAAAAAGAAAUCUUUCGCGCCGUCCUUAGGCCAAACUGCCGUUUAAUUCGAGAAGAAAUUUCAGUUCAAUAUCGAACGUGAACCAGAAGAAAAGUCUUUAACAAUUUUGUGUAUCGUGAUUAAGCCUACAUGGCAAAUUGAUUACAACUUGGCCAAGAAGAAGUGAAAAAAAAAAACAAACAAACAAAAGAAAUUCGAGAGGUGUAAUUUAAUAAAAGCACAAAAGAUUCAAAGCAAAAGAUACCCUCGAGGAAUUUGAAAAAAAAAAUAUGUUUAUAAUCGAUAGCUGCAUGCAAUUGCAACAACAACCGCAUCCAGCCAUAGGAUCAUCAUUAGACACCUUCUGCCCCUACGCCGCCACACCAUCAUUGUCUUUUACCAAUGUUCGUUUGUGCUAUCAACACUGUGCAGUGCCUUAAUACAAAGAAGAAAAGAAAAAGUUUUUAAGUGAAAAAAGAAGAAAAAUUUUUUUUUUAUAAAUUUCAAUCAUUUAAAAAUAUUUAAUUAUACCACCAAGUAUUUCAGUUAUUUUAGUUAAAGUUUAAACGAAAAACAAAAGUCAAAUAAAAUGUAUCGUCCAAAUUUCUAUGAAUCGACGUGUUUGCGUUGCAGUGAAACCGUUUAUCAAGUGGAUCGCGUUGGCCCUCUAAAGGAUUUCACCUUUUUCCAUUCAGGCUGUUUUAAGUGUGUCCACUGUGGAACUAAGCUAACACUAAAGACCUACUUCAACAACCAGCACAAACAAGAUGACAAAGAGGUCUAUUGCAGUUCCCAUGUACCAAAGAGUGGACCUGGUCAUUUGGAUAAUACAUCGGUGGGCAUAAGGCAAGCUCUAAAUGCACCACGCACCAACAAAUUUGUGAAUGAACAGAUUCGAGGAACACGUACCGAAGUCGAUGGAAGUUUCGGUUCACGUCAAUCCACCCCAAAUGGCUAUGGCAGCCGGGAGGUUAGUUCUCCAUCACAGAAUGAAUCCGAUUACAAAUAUGGACGCUUCGAUGCCAGCGCUCUGCACAUUGCUCAUGCACUCAAACAGACUGAAAUCCAAAAGGCCUACAACAAAGCCAGAGAAAAACCCAUUGAUUUCUAUUUGGGUCGUGAGGAGCAGGCACGCCUGGAGAUGAAACAUCGCAAGGAAGAGGACGACCUCUAUCGCAAAUUUGCUCGCAAACGCGAAGAAGAAGAUCGCAAAAUCCAAUCGGAAUUCCAAACUGAAUGGGAGCGUGAGCUACAAAGGUUAACGCACAAAUUUGAAAAGGAAUUAACCACAUCGCGACGCAAUCGGGAAGAGCAGAACAUUCUAACCUUGCGGCUGGAACAACAAAAGGAAGACCUUGAGAAGAAUAUGACGCUGCGCCGUAGUAAAAAGAAAGAAAGCAUUACGCGUAAAAUGCUCGAACACGAGCGUUUUGAGACAGCUGCUCUAGUCGAUCGCCAGUCAAGUGAAAUGUUGGAACUGAUCAGUGCCCGGCGUUCCGAGUACAUGAUGAACGAGAGCAUAUUCCUGGACGAUGAGUUCAGCGAGGGCACCACACCCAUUGAAUAUCCCAAUCUGCCGCCACAGCCUGCCCCGCCAGCCGUUAGCAAAUUCCAAAUCUACACCGAUCCCAUAGAGUUUGAGGAUGUUGACCGCAUAGCCAUAUCGGUGGCCCAGGAGGACCAAAAGACCUUCACCGAUCUGGUGAGGCAGCUGGUAGGUCGUUGCACCACAGACAUAGAAAAAGCCCGAACGAUAUUCCGUUGGAUCACAGUGAAAAAUCUCAACAAUAUGCACUUUGACGAUGAUCUUAGGGGCGACACGCCCAUGGGUCUUUUGCGUGGCAUUAAAUUCGGUACAGAGAGCUACCAUGUACUGUUCAAACGCUUGUGCAGCUACGCUGGACUUCAUUGUGUGGUCAUUAAAGGCUAUUCAAAGAGUGCCGGCUAUCAGCCGGGUGUUAAAUUUCAGGAUUCACGUUUCCGCAAUUCCUGGAACGCCGUCUUUGUGGCAGGAGCUUGGCGUUUUGUGCAAUGCAAUUGGGGUGCUAGGCAUUUGGUGAACGCUAAGGAAGCUCCCAAAACGGGAAGGGGCAAAAACGAUAGUUUGAGAUACGAAUAUGAUGACCACUAUUUCCUGACGGAUCCCCGAGAAUUUAUUUACGAAUUCUUCCCCUUGCAAGAGGAGUGGCAGUUGCUGAAGCGUCCCAUUACCUUAAGGGAAUUUGAGAAUUUACCCUUUGUGCGUUCGCUAUUCUUCCGAUAUGGUCUACACUUUGCCGAUGAGGGCUAUGGAGCUGUGGUGUUUACAGACGAUACAGGUGCCGCUACUGUACGCAUUGCCAUGCCCACGGACAUGCAAAGCUGUCUGAUAUUCCACUACAAUCUGAAAUUUUAUGACAGCGAUGAAGACUCCUAUGAUGCUGUCUCCCUCAAGCGUUUCGUCAUGCAAUCAGUCAUUGGCAAUAUUGUGGCUUUCCGAGUGCACGCCCCUUGCUCAGGAGCUUUCCUCUUGGACAUAUUUGCCAAUGCAGUGACGCCGCAGGAGUACCUAACCGGUGAGCCCAUGAAGUUCAAGUCUGUGUGUAAAUUCAAGAUUUGUUGCGAGGAAUUGCAAACUGUAAUGGUACCCCUGCCCGAUUGCGCUAGCGGUGAAUGGGGUCCCACUAAAGCCACCCGCCUGUUUGGUCUGAUACCCAUAACACAUCAGGAUCCUUUGAUUUUUGCUGGCCGCAGUCUGGAUCUGCAGUUCCGUAUGUCCCGACCAUUAACGGAUUUCAUGGCUACACUACACAAAAAUGGUAUAGAGGAGAAGAAACUUUCGAAAUAUGUGACACACAGUAUUCUGGAUGAUAUUGUGACGUUUAUUAUAAACUUCCCCGAAGAAGGACAAUACGGUUUGGAUAUCUAUACACGUGAACUGGGAGCGCCCCCACAUCACAGCAGUCAUCACAAUAACUCAUCAUCAACCACGGAAAAGCAUCUGUUGACACAUUGUUGUAAAUAUUUAAUUAACUCAUCGAAACGUAACUAAAACGUUCUACAACCCGUCCAGAGAUCCUGUUCAGAUAUCCGCAUAUCUACAUAUCUAUUAGCAUGUAUAAAUGAACGAUUGCGUGUGUUUAUCCCCGUGGAUUAAAUCCAUAUCGAGAUAAAAGGAGAGAUUUAAUGUUGAAUUUUAAAUUGAAUACAAUGCUCAUGUUCAUGUGUGUGGAUUGAUAUUUUUUACGAUUUCGCGGUGUGCAGACGUAUGGGUCAUUCCACUAUUGGAAGAGAGCAAUGUGUUAUUAACUGGUCGCUAGACCGAAAUUUUUUGAGCAAAUGAGCUGUCCAAUUCUAUAGUUAGGUGUUUUGAAAAGAUGAAAACAUAUUUUUUUAGUGAAUAUAAAUUCAAUCAUAAAGUUGUAUUCUUGAAAUGUGGUAACUUGAUGGCUGAAAAAUUCUAUAUGCUUCAAAUUUAGCGCACAUGGAUACUCGAAAUCUACCCCAAGCAAAUAUGACCAAAAAGGAAAUGAAAAAAUUCAGUUAGUAUCUCAAUACUAUAUUGGGGGUAGGAUUUCAUUUCACAAACCCAUAUCCCAACAUCAACAUCUAAAUAGACCCCAAAUUAUGAAUAAUCACCCAAAAUGAUUUGUUUUUGUUCACUAUAAUUCCAUUCAUGAUUUUUCAAGAAAUUAAAGGUAAAUUAUAACUAAAAUUAAAUUAUAUUAAGACAAGUUGUAAAAGACACAAAGCUUCGCCGGCGAAAGCUACUUUAAAAAAUCGCCUAAUUUUGUAAAAUAAAUUUUAAAUCUUUUAUCACAGGCGGAAAAACGCCACAGAUGUAAACUAUAUUCACAAAUUUUUCUUUUUUUAAUAUUUUUGGGACUUAAAAUACCAUAAAGUGCCACAACCAACAAAUAUUUUCAAAUCUUACGUUUUUAUACCCAGGUUUUUGUACCCAAUACCGAAUGAUGGGGGUAUAUUCAUUUUGUCAUUCCGUUUGCAACACAUCGAAAUAUCCAUUUCCGAGCCUAUAUGUUAGGUUAGGUUAGAGUGACAGUCCUUUACAGACUCACUUACACAAUUUUACGUCCAUUGUGAUACCACAGUAGCGACAGACCAAGGCUUCUGGCGGGAAUCGAACCCACGACCCCCCGCACUGGUAAUCCAAGCACGCUACCAACUCUGCUACCGGGGCGCUGUUCCGAGCCUAUAAAGUAUAUAUAUUCUUGAUCGUUGUAAUAAUCUAAGACGAUCUCGCCGUGUCCGUCCGUCGGACCAUCUGUCCGUCUCUCUGUUGAAAUCACGUUACAGUCUUUAAAAAUAGAGAUAUUGAGCCGAAACUUUGCCCAGAUUCUUUUUUUUUUCUCCAUAGUCAGGCUAUGUUCGAAGAAGGGCUAUAUCGGAGUGCUAGAAGGAAUUCUUUCGGGGCAACCAAGGAGUGAUGCAGAUUAAUCGGCACCAGAGGCUAACCUCUACGCUCGAAUCAUGUUUCGAAUUUGGGAGUUAGAUUUACCAAAACCAAAAUCCAAGUCCACACAGAUAUUCUCAGAUAAGAUUCCGAGUCUUCGUCGAUGGAUGCGUUGAUGUUCACUAUCUGCACAGGGAUUUGUGAAAGAACUUUUCAGCUUUCAGUAAAUAGCCAAAUGUUCUGCAGCGCCAGCAGCAUGAGCACCACCCCUCCUACAGAGAGGAGCUUAAGGGCAAGUCCUCUCAUGUUGCAGACUCGUUCUUCAGUUGGGUCCCUCUAUGUGUGGUCUGACUCACGUUCUUCACCUGAAUUGUGGACAAUUCAAGGGAGUGAGCUGUCACCGUUCUAAACAAGAAAUCAGAUGGGACCCUCAAAAUGACUUGUUCAGAAUGGACGUUGUAAGAUCACGUCAGUGGCCUCAAUAUUGCUGGUAAACUUACAAUAAUCGCAACUUUAGAUAUAGGAUACAUUCAGUGUCGGAUCGCUUAUUUUUGUUAAAUUUUGCAAAAAAAAAUAACUUUUCCGAUAGUAUCAAUAGGAAAUAUAUCCAUCGAUAUUCAGACAAAUAAUAAAAUAUCGAAAUUGGAGGCCACCAUAGUGCAGAGGUUAGCAUGUCCACCUUUGACGCUGAAUGCCUGGGUUCGAACCCUGGUGAGAACAUCAGAGAAAAAAAUUUUCAACGGUGGUUAUCCUCGCCUAAUGAUGGCAAUAUUGGUGAAGUACUUUGCCAUGUAAAAACUUCUCUCCAAAGAGAUAUCUCACUGCGACACGCCGCUCGGACUCGGCUAUAAAAAGGAAGCCCCUUAUCAUUGAGCUUAGACUUGAGUCGGACAGUACUCAUUGAUAUGUGAGAAGUUUGUUCCUGUUCCUUAGUGAAAUGUUCAUGGGCAAAUUUGCAUUGCAAUAAUACCUCCACAGCACUACGUCUAAUAUAACUGUUUAUGUUUUGGUUCCACGAGAAAAGGGAUAAAGAGGUCUACCGCAACAUAGCCCCUUCUUUUGGGCUCUAAAUUUGCCGCUCUACUGUACGAGGGUUGCCUUUUAUAUUAAGAUCUACACUUUCUUGCAUGCGUUUAAACCAAUUGUCCAAACACUUUUGCCCCUCUGAUUGAGGUAUCUCCAAAUCAUGCAUUCUAAAAGCAUCAACCGCUUCGUCAGGUGUCGAAAAAACGUUAACCUCUCUUUUUAUACCCUCCACCACAGAAUGGUUGCGCCUCUAGGGGGCGCAAUUUCGUCAUUCCGUUUGUAACACCUCGAAAUAUGCGUCUAAGACCCCAUAAAGUAUAUAUAUUCUUGAUCGUCAUGACAUUUUAAGUCGAUCUAGCAAUGUCCGUCUGUCUGUCGAAAGCAUUUUCUUUUUCGGAGCAUUUCUUUCGCCCAUCGACACGAGCCUUUUUUUGAGCAAUCGACAAAUUGUGUGAGAUCCAAAGCGAACAAAUUUUUUUGACGAUCAAAUGUUCAUGCAAUAUUGAGUGUACACUAUAAUGCCUAAGGUUGUCUUAAUCUCACGAUAGGUCAAAUGGCGAUCUUGCAUUAUCAGUUGGCUCACAGCGUAAAUGGUUUUGGGAACAACAACUGAUUUUGGACGACAUUCACAAAAUUCGUCGUGGACUGAACUACGACCUUCGUUGAAUUCCAUCGAUAAACACUGGUCUGUGACGAAGCUCCAUCACCAAAAAUUGAAUUAAGUUCAUCGACGCACUGUUGUUGAGUUAAUGCACGUCGAAAGUUGUAAAAAAUAAUUGCACGAAAAUGUUCACAAUUUAAUUCCAUUUUUUGGGCGAGAUGAAUAUCUGGAGGCCACCGUAGCGCAGAAGUUAGCUUGUCCGCCUAUGACACUAAACGCCUGGGUUCGAAUCAUGGCGAGACCUUCAGAAAAAAAUUUUCACCGGUGGUUUUCCCCUCCUAAUACCGGCCACAAAUUUUGCCGGUAUUAGGAGGUACUAUGCCAUGUAAAACUUCUCUCCAAAUAGGUGUCCUACUCCGAUACGCCGUUCGGACUCGGCUAUAAAAAGGAGGCCCCUAUCAUUGAGCUUAAACUUGAAUCGGACUGCACUCAUUGAUACGUGAGAAAUUUGCCCCUGCUCCUUAGUGAAAUGUUCAUGGGCAAAAUUUGCAUUUGAAUAUUUUAAGUUACUGCAAACAACGCAAAUAGCGCUCGUAGGUCAAAACGUUCUGAGUACGUAUAACCUCAAAAAAAGCCAAGCUUACCGAUAGAGCUGUCAGCUGACAGAUUGCAACAAAAGGGUUUUCCAUUCCUGAAAUAUAAAAGGCCACCGACACAGACUAUUAACCGCUUAGUGGUUAAUAUGAUUGUAGCUAUCCUUUUAAUAACCACCACCGUAUUCAUUUAGUCAUUCCGUUUGCAACACAUCGAUUUUCCGAUAAAAGGUCUAAUGCCCAUAAAAACUUUAUUUUUCAUCCGAUUUUUCUGAAAUUUGAAACAGUGAGUAGUUAUGGGUUCCCGACAACUGACCCAAAUAUGGUUCAGAUCGGACUAUAUUUAGAUAUAGCUACCAUAUAGACCGAUCUCCCGAUAAAAUGUCUGCAGACCGUAAAAGCUUUAUUUAUUACCCGAUUUCGCUGAAAUUAAAAACAGUGGGUUAUUUUAAGCCUCCCGACAUCUGACGCAAAUAUGGUUCAGAUCGGGCUAUAUUUAGAUAUAGCUGUUAUAUAGACCGAUCUCCCGAUAAAGGGUCUGAAGGCCAGAAAAGUUUUAUUUAUUACCCGAUUUCGCUGAAAUUUAAAACAGUGGGUUAUUUUAAGCCUCCCGAUAUCUGACCUAAAUAUGGUUCAGAUCGGACUAUAUUUAGAUAUAGCUGGCAUAUAUACCGAUCUCCCGAUAAAGGUUCUGACGACCAUAAAAGUUUUAUUUAUUACCCGAUUUCGCUGAAAUUUAAUACAGUGCGUUAUUUUAGGCCUUACGAUAUCUGACCUAAACAUGGUUCAUAUCGGACUAUAUUUAUAUAUAACUAGCACAUAGACCGAUCUCCCGAUAAAGGGUCUGAAGGUCAUAAAAACUUUAUUUAUUACCCGAUUUCCCUGAAAUUUUAAACAGUGAGUAGGUUAAGACCUCCCAACAUCCGACCUAAAUAUGUUUCAGAUAGGACUAAAUUUAGAUAUAGCUGCCAUAUAGACCGAUCUGCCGAUAAGGGGACUGAAGCCCACAAAAGGUUUAUUUAUUACCAGAUUUUGCCAAUUUCUGAGCCUCACGAUAUCCGACCUUAUUAUGGUUCAGAUCGGUUUAUAAUUGUAUAUAUCUGACAAACAGACCGAUAUUUUGUCCUAUAAAAUUGAACAGUGAUAUAUAUAUUAGACCACUAAAUGUCCGUGCCGAAUUUGGUAGCUUAAGUUAUCCAAUUUUUACUGGAUUGUGACGAAAUGAGAUUUACAUAUAUUCCCGAGGUGGUGGGUAUCCAAAGUUCGGCCUGGCCGAACUUAAUGCCUUUUUACUUGUUCUAUUUCUUAUGUAAAUAAUAGGUAUCUAUUACGAGGUGCAGAUAUUCUUAUGCAGCGGAAAUAACAAAAACGACCUCUGCACUCAACGGUUCAAAGAAGUUGAGUUGAUUUGCUUGUGGUAGACCUAAAUCGGCCCAAUAGAUAGUUAUAGGGAAAUGCCCCAAAAAUAGAAAAAUAGGCCCCAAAAGGUUGGUAUGUUGAUGUCCGUAGUCCUAAUUGGGGCAUAUUACCAUUGUAGAUUUAGGGUGUAACUGCUUGAAGUCAAAAUAGAUCAAAUUUGAGAGCAUAUACAAAGAGGGAGGCCACCGUAGCGCAGAGGUUAGCAUGUCCGCCUAUGACGCUGAACGACUGGGUUCGAAUUCUGGCGAGACCAUCAGAAAAAGUUUUCAGCGGUGGUUUUCCCCUCCUAAUGCUGGCAACAUUUGGAUCAAAUUUGAGAGCAUUUACAAACAGGGAGGCCACCGUAUCGCAGAGGUUAGCAAGUCCGCCCAUGACGCUGAACGCCUGGGUUCGAAUCCUGGCGAGACCUUCAGAAAAAGUUUUUAGUGGUGGUUUUUCUCUCCUAAUGCUGGCAACAUUUGUGAGGUACUAUGCCAUGUAAAACUUCUCUCCAAAGAGAAGUCGCACUGCGGCACGCUGUUUGGACUCGGCUAUAAAAAGGAGGCCCCUUAUUAUUGAGCUUAAAACUUGAAUCCGACUACACUCAUAGAUAUGUGAGAAGUUUGACCCAGUUCCUUAGUGGAAUGUUCAUGGGUAAAAUCUACAUUUGCAUACUACAAACAGGGUGGACUGAAAACCAUAAGUGUAAGCAGCUCAGAAUCAUCUACCAAUAUUGUAAUGCACUUUCUCACAGUCCUUCACUUUAAUAUUAUUCUGUUUAAAUAAGCUCGUCUCUCUCUCUCUCUAUUUAACCCGCUGUCUCUCGUUUGGAUAAAAAAUAUUUAAUUUAUUGAAAAAGUCCUAAAUUUUACAUAUUUCCUCCUACCGGCACUUAGGUGGAGACACGAUAUCAGACAUGAACCAGCUAAGGGGAGUUACUUUAUAGUUCUUAGAGCGCACAAAAAGCUGAUUACUGGCUUAGGUGUAUGUCCAUAGUAGGCGGAUUAAUAUCUGCACCUUCUUUUCAACCUAACCUACAUAUUUCCAAAAUGCUCCUCAUCCCUCCAAAAUAAAACUCAAACACCUUAAUGCUAGCCUACAAUUAGCAUUUAUUAUCCACAAAUAAAAUCGAAGUUUUAUCAUUUGUAUCCUUUGGCAAAAUCAAAAGGAAAGACUCACACACCCUGUCAACCCCUACAUGCUCAUGAGCCGUGUUCAUUUGUAAAUGUUUUUUUUACAAUAUUUUUAAGGAUGUUUUUAUUGAUACAAUUGUUAUAUAUUUUAUGCACAUAGUUUUUAAAAUGUUAUAACAACUUGCUGCAAUUUAAUUAAGAUCCCAUAUUUAAAUAAAUCGCAGAAACCCUCACACAUACACCUUUCAAUAGCUACAACCACAAAUAAACGAAUGGUUAUUUCCAAAUAAAAGGAUAUCAGAAAUUAUGCUUAUACACAAAAUAUGAUUGUGACUAUAGAAAAA